UGAGCCUUUUCCCCACCUCCCCCGACCUUCCCGCGCGGUCCUCCCGGGCAUCUCUUCCCCCAGCCCCAGCGCCCGGCCCGAGUGAGAGGUUCCGGAGCCCGGGCGCGGCCGGGGUCCCGGUGUCGACGCUGCCGGCCAGCCCGUCCCAGCCCGUCCCAGCCCGCUCCGCACGGCCGCGGGAGCUUCAGCUGCCCUCUGGUGUGCAGUUCCACACAUAAGAAUUUCAAGAAAAUCAGAUGGCAUCCGGAGAUUUCUGCUCACCUGGAGAGGGGAUGGAAAUACUCCAACAAGUGUGCAGCAAACAGCUUCCUCCUUGUAACCUGAGUGAAGAGGACCUGUUACAGAACCCACACUUCAGCAAACUGCUUCUGGGUCUCUCACAGCACAUGGAUGAGAGCGGCUUAAGCCUCACCCUGGCAAAGGAGCAGGCUCAGGCAUGGAAGGAAGUUCGACUGCAUAAGGCAACAUGGCUGAGGUCUGAGAUUUUACAGAGAGUCAUUCAAGAGCUGCUUGUGGACUACUACGUGAAGACACAAGACACAAAUUUAACUUCUGAGGACAAAAAGUUUCAUGAGACCCUUGAACAGCGGCUACUCGUGACUGAACUGACACGACUGUUAGGUCCCAGCCAGGAGAGAGAAAUGCCUCCGCUGUUGGGGCUGGAGAAGGCGGACCUUCUGGAGCUCAUGCCCCGCUCAGAGGAUUUUGUGUGGAUGAGAGCUCGGCUCCCACUGGACGUGGAGGAGCAGCUCAAGAAGAAAUGUUUCACCCUGCUCUGCUACCAUGACCCCAAUUCAGAUUCCGACAGUGAAACCUUGAAGGCAGCAAAGGUGUGGAAACUGGCAGAGGUCCUGGUGGGUGAGAAGCAGCAAUGCCAGGGUGCCAAGAGCCAGCAGAAGGAGCAGACGGUGCUGCUCGAGAAGAAGAGUGCCACUUACUCCCAGGUACUUCUGCGCUGCCUUGCCUUGCUGCAGAGGCUUCUUCAGGAGCACCGGCUUAAGACUCAGUCUGAGCUGGACCGCAUCAAUGCCCAGUACCUGGAGAUCAAGUGCAGUGCCAUGAUCCUUAAGCUGAGGAUGGAGGAGCUAAAGAUCUUGUCUGACACUUAUACUGCUGAGAAGGUGGAAGUUCAUCGUCUCAUUAGGGACCGUUUGGAGGGGGCCAUUCGCCUACAAGAGCAGGACAUGGAGAAGUCCCGACAGGUCCUGAGCACCUAUGAGGUCCUUGGGGAGGAGUUUGACAGGCUGGUAAAAGAGUACACUGAACUCAAGCAGGCAGCUGAGAACAAGCGCUGGGCCCUCCGGGAGUUUAACAAGGCCUGUCGCUGAGCGCUGCCUGGUGGGGUUCCGGCGACGGACUUCUGCAUGGGCGCUGCCUCCCCCUCCUCCUGCUGAAAGGAUCACCUCCACCUGAGGCCCACUUUCACUCCGGGAGUGUGGGGACACUUGCUUGAAACCCUGCAGUGGAUUAGGCACUGUCCUGGUUUUUCUUCCUUGUUUACAGUGACUGAGUCUCUUCUGGGAAAUGGAGCAGAUUUAUGUAAUUCUCUGUGCAGCUAUUUGUCAGUGUCAGCCCUGUAUUAUAUUUGAUUAUCUCCUGAAUAAAGUGAUGAUGCUUCCUUUG